AUCACAUCUCUGACUGUCAGCACGUGCAUGAGAAUUUGUUUUGUGACAGAUGUGAAAGAAGUUAGCUGCUUCUAAAUAUAUUAAAAUGGGUAAAACAAAAUUUAAUAAAAAAGCGCGGAAGAAUCCGCAUACGAUAAUUGAUAAUUCAACGGCUAAAAGUAUUCAAAUCGAAGGCGAGGAUGUGGUCCAGGGCAACGAAUCCAUUCCCACUGGCUACGACGAGGCAAAUGCUUUAGCUUUGCCCUCAAAGAAGCGGGCAACAAAAAUUAUAGAAAAAGAACAUAAAGUUGUGAAAAUUCUAACAAAGAAGCAACGGAAGAAUUUACAGGCCAUAGUCGACAAGAAGAAAAAGCGAGAAGGUCGCGAGCAAUUGCUGAAAGAUCUGGGUGCUGUACAAAUUCCGGAGACCGAACUAAAUCAGUACACAUCAAUUAGCCAAGUCCAAACGGUGGGGCUAAAACGCCUGCACAAGAUCGACGAAAUACUGGACAAGAAAAAAGAGCGUCAAACUCAACAAAAAAUGGAAAACAAACAGAGCAAGGGCAGCGGCCAACGUGUUAAUGCGCUCAAAGGCGGCAAGCGUAAGCUGCUUGUGGAGGAGCAAGAAGAGAUUGAAGCCAAGCGCAUUAAUCCGAAUAUAGUUAAUGCUGAGGAAUCAGAGGAUAGUAGCGAGGAGGAGGAUUCCGCCAAUGACAAUGACGAAGUAACCGAGAAGAUGGAGGAAAAUCAGCCUGACGAAGAAAAGUCUGUUAAUGCAGAAGAAUCCGAAGAUGAUAAUGACAAAGAGGGUAACGGAGAGGAAAAAGAGGAGAUGAAGGAAAAUCAGGCUGAUCUGCCAGCUAAAGGCGAACAACAGCCACCAGCUGCAAAUAAGCAAGCUGCUCUCGCAAUGCAGCUAGCUAAGCCAUCACCAAUGAUUAUUCGUAAAGCUUCUGCCGGAACACCAAAAUCUGUUCACAAGACAGUCUACGUGCCAGUCAAUCGCACAGCCGAGGUGCAGGCGGCUCGCCUCCGUUUGCCCAUACUGGCCGAGGAACAGCAGGUGAUGGAGCUGAUCAAUGAGAAUCCCAUUGUUGUAAUUUCUGGUGAAACAGGGUCCGGCAAAACAACCCAAAUACCGCAAUUUUUGUACGAGGCCGGGUAUGCCUUGAAUAAAAUGAUUGGCAUCACCGAACCACGUCGCGUGGCUGCCAUAUCGAUGUCGAACCGUGUGGCCCACGAAAUGAACUUGCCCAGCAGCGAGGUAUCCUAUCUAGUGCGCUUCGAGGGCAACGCGACCCCAGACACCAAAAUUAAGUUUAUGACGGACGGCGUCCUUCUGAAAGAGAUUGAAACCGAUUUUCUGCUAAGCAAAUAUUCCGUGAUUGUGCUCGACGAGGCGCACGAGCGUACCAUUAACACUGAUAUAUUGAUUGGACUAUUGUCGCGCAUUGUGCCCUUGCGCAAGAAACGCUCGAAUGAACUAAAGCUGAUCAUCAUGUCGGCCACGCUGCGCGUCACUGAUUUCACGGCUAACGCUCACUUGUUUAAAGUGCCGCCGCCAGUGAUCAAAGUGGAGGCCAGGCAGUAUCCCGUGACCAUUCACUUCCAGAAGCGUUGUCCCAGCGACUAUGUAGAGGAAGCCUUUAAGAAAACAGUGAAAAUUCACGCAAACCUGCCGGAGGGCGGCAUCUUGAUCUUUGUAACAGGGCAGCGCGAGGUGAUGCGACUAGUGUACAAAUUGCGUCAGGCCUUUCCGUACGUGGGAGAGGAAAAGAAAGUGGAAACAAAGCAGCUUAGUGAGGCCGAGCAAGAAGAAAUGAGGAAAUUAUUUAAGGAGCGCAGAGCACGUCGUUUACUUAGAAGGAAAGGUACAGUCCGUCCAUUGCCUAAGGUCAAUUUGGAUGAUUAUAAGCUGCCAGGCGAGGAAUCCGAGACAAAGAUGGAGAAAUCCCUUUCAAAUGAUAUAUUGCCUAAGAUCAAUAGGCAUGAUUCUAAGCUGCCAGGCGAUGAUACCGAAUUAGAUGUGUAUGACUCGUCAUUUCUACCGUACCCGGAGAAGGGUGCUGAGGAUGAUGAUGAGUGUGAGGAUGAGGAGGAGCAACAGGACAGUGCUGAUUUGACCAACCUACAAAGCACAACAACCACACAGCCCUUGUGGGUGCUGCCAUUGUACUCGAUGCUGCCGUCGGAAAAGCAGCAACGCAUCUUCCAGCCAGCGCCUGAUGGCUGCCGCUUCUGUGUGGUGGCCACCAACAUAGCGGAGACGUCUCUGACCAUACCGCACAUCAAGUAUGUUGUGGAUUGUGGCAGACAGAAGACACGGCUUUACGACAAGAUAACUGGAGUCAGCACAUUUAUAGUGACGUACACGUCGAAAGCAUCCGCUGAUCAGCGAGCUGGACGCGCUGGUCGCAUAAGUGCUGGGCAUUGCUAUCGCCUCUAUUCGAGUGCACUGUACAACGACGUCUUUUCGGAUUUUAGCCCUCCAGAUAUCUUGCAAAAACCUGUUGAUGAUUUGAUGUUGCAAAUGCGCUGCAUGGGCAUCGAUCGUAUCAUGAAUUUUCCGUUUCCAUCGCCGCCCGAUCAAGCGCAGCUGAAGGCGGCCGAACAGCGUUUGCUAGUGCUGGGCGCCUUAGAGCAAUCGAAAACAGAUGGGUCUGAAGGGACUAAUCCGCCACGUGUUACUACUCUGGGCGAAACUAUCGCUUGCUUUCCACUGGCCGCACGCUUCGGCAAAAUCAUUGCAUUAUCCACUCAACUCGACCUGAUGCCCUACACAGUUUGUAUGGUUGCAGCUCUAUCAGUGCCGGAGCUGUUCAUCACACCGGAUGGCGUUAAGCCGGAAGAUGAACGGCACAUGCCGACGAUGAUGAAGUGGGGACACUACAAAUUUAGAAGCGGAGAAUUCUAUAAGCUGGGUGAUCCGAUGAUGCUGCUGCGUACUGUGUGUGCCUAUGAAUAUCUCGGCGUCUACGCACGAGUAAAUAAGUUCUGUGCCGUCAACGGAAUUCGCUUUAACGCCCUUGAUGAGAUCCGCAAGCUGCGUCAGCAGCUGACCAACGACAUCAAUCUGCUCAUACCGGGUAUAAAACUGUGCGUUAAUCCGAAACUGCGUCCUCCAUCCGACGAACAAGCCCGAGCCUUGCGUCAAGUCCUGCUUGCGGGAAUGGGCGAUAGAGUGGCGCGCAAAGUGCCGCUCGAUGAGAUUAGCGACAAGGAGGAGCGACGCCGGCUUAAAUAUGCCUACAACUGUGCCGAUAUGGAGGAGCCGGCAUUUCUGCACUCUUCUUCGGUGCUGCAGGCAGCAACACCUGAUUGGAUCAUAUAUCAGGAAGUUUAUGAGCUAAAGCGUGACGAAGGCACCAAGAUGUUCCUAAGAGGCAUUACGGCCAUUGAGCCGGAAUGGUUGCUGACCUAUGUACCGCUCCUAUGCAAUGUACACGAGGUGUUCGAGGAUCCACCACCUCGCUAUGAUCAAGACAAUGGUCGCAUCUUCUGCUUUGCAAAGGUGACAUUCAGCAAAGCAGGCUGGGAGCUGCCUCUGUGCGAGCUACGAAUGCCACGCAGCGAGAAGACGUGCUGCUACUUUGGAAUGUACCUACUGGACGGAUUGGUUUGCCCUGCUCUGGAUGCCUUUAAACCGAAGUUGAAGUCGUCGCCCUCUUCGCUCAUCAAGAAGUGGUCGGAUCUGAACGACAAGGUGCUGCGCUUCAAGCGUGCUUUGAUAAAUAAACAAAUCUACUCGCGCGAAUCACUCUUUGACCAAUGGAAGGUCCAACCCGAUUUCCUUUUGGAUGAAUAUCAUCAGCUUCUUUACGACGUAUCUCUCAGCGAAUUGACUAACAUUUGGCCACCGAUGGAAAAGGUUGAAGAUAGCACAUAAAUUUCAAAAAUAUUCUCAUAUCCCGUAUUCAAUAUAAUGUCAGAAUGCAUCCUUGUAUGCAGCUGAAUGAGCUACAAAUAACACAAUUGUGAUAAUA